AUGUCCCAGGAACCGCCGGUUACCUGCUCUUUGUGCCACAACAAGUUUCGACGAAAGAAUGAUUUGGAAUAUCAUGUGACUCAACUGUGUGCUCGAAAGGUUUUGAAGUGUAAUGUAGGUGAUUUAAGGAAGUUUCAUUUGUCCGCUGCGACCCUUUUUCUAUUCAGAUGUGCGGUUUCACAGCACUGCAAAGAUGCGGACUGGUGAGCCACAUGAAAACGCACGUGACGAAGAAGACGAUCGAAUGCAACUAUUGCACGGCGUUGUUCAAAACUCGAAUCACUUUGGAGGUAUCUUCACUGCAAGCAUGAAAGUGAGUGAAAAUAGUAAUUUAGAUUCAUCAAAGUCAGUACCACUCGAAGGAAAUUGAGAGGAAGAGGAAGCAAAAGGAAGUUGAAAGAGUGACUAUAUUGGAUGUUGCUCGAGAUGCUCCCGCUCGGAAGAAUGAUGCUCAGGUAACCGUCAGGGACCAUCAAAUCUAUGCCCCUUUUUCAGAGACCACCCGAGGAGAAAUGGCUAUCGGAUGAAGUACCCAUCCCGCCAAACUGGCUCUCCGUGAGGGAUGAAAACACCGGGAGGAAGAUGUUCGUUUCGUAUGCACACGUCUUGGGACCAUCGACAGAAUCGUCCACUACUGAUAUUGCCGAUUACUUUGAAAAGUAG